AUGGUCUCCGACCGGGGUCCUCAUUUCUCGUCUCAGAUCUGGAAGGCGUUCUGCGCCCCUUAUUGGAUCAUCGGCCAGCCUGUCCUCUGGGAUUCCAUCCCCAAUCCAACGGACCCCCAUCUUCAGGCCCCCCACUUCCAGCCCCCCACCCCCAGAACCCCACCCCAGGCCUCCAGGCCCACAUCUCCAGCCCCCCACCCCCAGGCCCCCACCUUCAGGCCUCCAGGCCCCCACCUCCAGCUCCCCACCCCCAGAACCCCACCCCAGGCCUCCAGGCCCACAUCUCCAGCCCCCCACCCCCAGGUCCCCACCUCCAAGACUCCAGGCCCCCACCUCCAGGCCUCCAGUCCCCCACCCCCAGGCCCCCACCUCCAGGCCCCCACCUCCAGCCCCCCACCCCCAGGCCCCCACCCCCAGGACCCCACACCAGGCCUCCAGGCCCCCACCUCCAGCCCCCCACCCCCAGGACCCCAGGCAUCUAGCCCCCACCUCCUGGCACCAUGCCCCCACCUCCAGGCCGCCACCCCUGGCCUCCAGCCCCCCACCUCCAGGCCGCCACCCCUGGCCCUCACCCCCAGAACCCCACACCAGGCCUCCAUGCCCCCACCUCCAGCCCCACACCCCCAGGUCCCCACCUCCAGGCCGCCACCCCCUGGCCCUCACCCCCAGGCCCCCACCCCCAGAACCCCACACCAGGACCCCAGGCAUCUAGCCCCCCACCUCCUGGCACCCAUGCCCCCACCUCCAGGCCUCCACCUCCAGGCCGCCACCCCUGGCCCCCAGGCGUCUAGCCCCCACCUCCUGGCACCCAUGCCCCCACCUCCAGGCCUCCACCUCCAGGCCGCCACCCCCUGGCCCUUCAGGCCGCCACCCCCUGGUGGUGGAGUCUAA